AUGGAUAUGCACCUCAACACCCUGAAGGUCAGGGAAGCAUUAGGAGACCCACUUAUGAUCAUUACCACCAGGCGAGGAUUUCCUGGACACAUGUCAAGGGAUUACCCUCGUGGGAGGAAUCUGAAUGCGGGUCAGAACCAACCCCAAGGACGAUUAUUUACUGUGAACGCCAGUGAUGUUGCUAAAGCGGAUCAUUUGAUGAGAGGUAAAUGUUUAUUUGGUGACAAGACAUUAGUUGUAUUGUAUGAUACUGGAGCUUCGCAUUCAUUCAUUGUAUUUGAUAAGUUUGAGGAACUAGGAUUGAGAAUGUCGGAAUUAGCUUUCGAUUUGCAUGUGUAUACCUCGUAUCAAACAGUUGUGACUAGAUCAGGUUGUAGGCAAAUAUGUUUCCAAAUUGAGGAUAGAAACUUCGUUCAUGAUUUAAUCUGUUUGCUGAUGGUUGAGUUGGAGAUGAUUUUGGGAUUUGACUGGUUGUCUAAGAACUGA